AUGCAGUAUAUUGGUGGUGAUAUUACUGACACCUUUUUUCGAGAAAUAAAAUCACGAGGAUCUCAUAAAAUUCCGGAAGAAGGUCCUAUCAUUUUUGUUGCUGCACCACAUGCAAAUCAAUUCGUUGAUCCACUCAUUCUGAUGAGGAAUAGCAAGCGACCUAUUUCCUUUUUGAUCGCGGAAAAAUCCAUGAAACGCAAAUACAUUGGCGCUAUGGCUCGUGCUCUUCACACAAUACCCGUCGUAAGGCCUCAAGAUUUAGCCAAACCCGGAAAAGGAAAAAUUUAUUUAAAUGACCGUAAAACUGAACCCCUUACUAUUACCGGUAUUGAUACGAAAUUUAUUGAACAACUGAAAAUAGGAACAGCUUACAAAUGCUUACCACAUAUUGAUCAAAGUAAAGUUUAUAAAGCAGUAUUUGAAGUUUUAAAUGCUGGAGGUUGCGUUGGAAUAUUUCCUGAAGGUGGAAGUCACGAUCGAACUGAAAUCCUUCCAUUGAAAGCGGGUGUAACUAUUAUGGCUUUGGGUGCUAUGGCUGCUAAUCCUAAACUUAAUGUCAAAAUUGUGCCAUGUGGUUUAAAUUAUUUUCACGCCCAUCAAUUUCGUUCUCGUGCUGUUGUUGAAUUUGGUUCUCCUAUUUUGAUACCACGUGACUUGGUUGAAAGAUAUAGCAAAGGUGGCAAAGAUAAAAAGGGUGCUUGUAGUAGUUUACUGGAAAUAAUUUAUAAUGGUUUAAAAUCUGUGACUGUUAAUACUCCAGAUUAUGAGACAUUAAUGGUCAUUCAGGCUGCUCGUCGUUUGUAUAAACCUGAACAUCACAAACUUGAGCUUCCCGAAGUGAUGGAAUUAAAUAGACGCUUUGUUGGCGGUUAUAUGAAUUUUAAAGAUGAUCCGAGGGUCCAAAAAAUGAAUAAAGAAGUGAUGGCAUAUAAUCAAUUAUUAAAAUAUUAUGGGUUAAAGGAUCAUCAAGUUCAAAAAACUGCCCAUGGUGGAUUUAGAGCCUUGUUCUUAUUAUUACAACGAAUUUUCCUUUUAAUCUUAUGGAGUAUUUUAGGCUUUCCUGGGAUGAUAUUAGGUUUUCCUAUAAUGGUUAUCGCUCGAAUUAUUAGUGCCAAGAAAGCGAAAGAGGCUGUUAAAAGCUCUACUGUCAAGAUUGCAGGACGUGAUGUAUUAGCCACUUGGAAAUUACUUGUUGCUCUCGGUGCUACCCCAAUCUUAUAUGGAGCUUAUACUUUAAUAAUAUUAAUCCUUGCAUAUAAUUAUAACUGGACGUUUAUAUUAAAUCUCGGAAUAUUAUCUCCAUUAGUUGUAUUUAUUAUAUUAUUUGUUAUUACUUAUGGAACUAUGCGAUUGGCAGACACGGGACGUGAUGUGUCACUUCGUCCUCUGUUUCUAUCACUUCUUCCUUGGUCCAAAUCAUCAAUUCAAAACCUACGACAAAUUAGAGAACAAUUAGCGUUCAAUUUAACGGAACUAAUUAACGAGCUAGGUCCAAAAAUAUAUCCAGAUUUUGAUAGUGCACGUAUAGUCCAAGAAGUUAGAAAGAACAGCAGAUCACCAUCACCAUCAAGGCCAUCAUCAUUGAGAUUAUUCGCAUUAACUGAUUUAAUGGAUGACAAACUGUUUGAUUGGGAAAAGGCUGAUGAUUCAGAUUAUGAUGAUGUAUUUUUCUUCCUUGACAAACAUAAUAGUGGUAAAAUUACUGGGCGUAGUAGGUCUAAUUCUUCUGGUAGUAGAAAACUAUCAAUUGGCAGGGACGGAACUAGCAAAGCGUUUACAAAAUUACAAAAUACAAGUACAAUACCAUCACUUAAUGUUCCAGAAGUUAGAAUUAUUGAUGAUGAUGGAUAUCAAGGUGAUGAAGAAAAUUCAAUACAAACAAAGAAGAAUGUUUAA